AUGGCCAUCGAAGGUCCCAGGGAGGUUUUUGCCGACGGCUCCAGAAAGAUGGCGCUGACGUGUAAAGUGGACGACGUCAACCCCGACCCUGAGAUCACGUGGUCAGGCGUGACGUGUGAGGAGAGUGCUGCCCCUGGCCAGUGUGUCUUCGUGCCACACCCUGCCGCAGACGGUAAAACUGUUGUCAGCUGCACCGCCACCAACGUCCACAACAACGACGUCGCUUGUCAUCCAUCUCAACGUGACACUGCAUCUGGUGCAUUUCAGAUGGAAUUCACAUUCACAAAGAGGAAUAAGCGAAAGCUGUUGCACGAAGGCUACGCCUAUGUCAUGGACCGCACCAAAGCCGACAACGUCACAAUUUUCUGGCGAUGCGAAAACCGAGGAGAGUGCAAAGGAAGGUUAAAGACAGUAAACGACGUUCUGGAAGGCCGUCCAUCCACCCAUUGCCAUCCGCCAAGUGUAGCCUGUUGCCUGGCUUUGAAAACGGUUGGUGAUAUAAAACAGCGCGCAAAGCAGUCUGAAGAAGCCACAAGUUGGAUAAUCAACAACUGCACAGCAGAAUUUCCACUCGCCGCCGCAGGUUCUCUUCCAAAAAAGGAGACUUUGGCAAGGAUGAUCCGAAGGAUACGGAAAGCUCCAGACAGCGACAUCAUCAGCGAGGAGCUGAAGCUUACAACGAGAGGAGAACAAUUUUUAGCGUUUCAAACGGACGAUAUCGUUAUUCUAACCACUCCAUCCAAUCGUGACGUUUUAGCACGUGACGCCCACUGGUUUUGUGAUGGAACAUUGGACAGCGCUCCGUUAGCAACACAACUUUACACCAUCCAUGUUCUUGUUGAGGAUUCUCUCACUCUGCCUCUUGUUUACUGUUUGACAAACAACAAAAACAGGGCCACAUACGACGCGAUCUUUACUUACCUGAACGGCCAGAGAGGUCUCAACCCAGAGACCAUCACAAUAGAUUUUGAACGAGCAGCAGUAAACAGCAUCAGUGAACACUUCCCAACCACAGCCAUGCAAGGGUGUUUUUUUCACUUUGGCCAAUGUCUUUGGAGAAACCUCCAGUCGCUUGGACUACAAGAUUGGUACUUGGAGCCAGAGAACUCUCUUCUCAUCAAGACCAUCCAGGCCUUGGCUUUCGUGCCUCCUGACGACGUCAUCGAGGCGUUUCAACAGCUCAUGGAUUCGCUGGAUGCCGACACUGACGAGACGCUUUCAGACUUCCUCGCCUACUGUGAAAGUACAUGUACAUGGCUGGGCAAUGUGCAGCGAGGACGCCGUCGACGCCUGUGGAACGUCUACAAUCGUGUGGGAGACAACCUGCCCACAACUAAUAACUCGGUCGAAGGCUGGCACCGUGCAUUUGAUAAGCGAAUGUCUGUCACGCACCCAACACUUGGCAGGCUUGUCAGCAAGUUACGCAAGGAGCAGACAAUCACCGAGCUUAUGAUGGAACAGCUUGCCAUGGGCGUCAUGAUGCGAAAAAACAAGCAGUACGAAAAAGUCAACACACGACUGCAAGCGCUUGUUGCAAUGUACGCACAGGAGGAUGUUUGA